AAAUAACAGGUAUUUAAUGUUAUUGUUUGUGGUAUUGGGUCUCGUUACUUGAAUACAGGGUUGUGGUGGGUACAUGUGGAACAAUGGCUCCUGAAAAAUUGGCUAUUUUUGGAGUUGCAGCGUUACUGCUGGCGACGGCGGUUCUGGCCAAGGACAGCAAGGACUGUAGAGGCCCUUUUUGCAAACACCGCAUCGAAUGUGACUUCAGGGGAGUCCGCUGCCAGGAUUGCCACACUCGUCUGAUCUGCACGCCUCGCGGCGCCAUCCUCAGCUCUUGCUGGUUACCUGGCCACCGGUACUGCUCUAAAGGCCGCUGCGUCAAGCACCCUAGCACAGAAUGUGCUACUGAACGACCAUCUACAAGCCCACCUACUAAUAGUACUGAGAUUCCUGCCACUUUAGACCCUGCAAAUACCACAGAAGGUUCAACGACAAAUGAGCCUCCGUCUACAAUAGAUCCUGUAAGUACUACUGAAGAACAUACGACAGAUGAACCUACGUCUACCGUAGAUCCGGCAGGUACUACUGAUGCAUCUAUACCCACUACUGAAGACUCGUCUACCGAUGAACCUUCGUCUACCUUGGACCCUGCAAGUACUACUGAAGGUUCAACUACAAAUGAACCUACAUCCACUUUAGGCCCUGCAAGUACUACAGAGGCAGAUACCACUGAUGCUACAUCUACUACUGAAACCACGUCUGCCGAUCCUACCUUGGAUCCUGCAAGUACUACUGAAGCUACUUCUACUACUGAUGAAUCUUCUACCACUGAAGAAGACGUAGGUACCACUGAAGGAUCAACAUCGGAUGAUGUUUCGUCUACCACAGAAUCUAGUUCCACUAUAGAGCCUGAUUCUACUACAGAUGAAUCUACUUCUACCACUGAAGACUCGUCUGGCAGAGACGAAGCUACAUCUACCAGUGAAGGAUCUUCUACAACUGAUGCUAGUUCUACCAUAGAGCCUGAUUCUACUACUGAUGAAUCUACUUCUACCACAGACGAAUCUAAUUCUACUACAGACGAGUCUUCUACCACAGAAGGUUCAUCCACAACAGAUUCAAGUUCUACCGUAGAGCCAGAUUCUAGCACAGAUGAAUCUACCACUGAAGGAUCUUCUACAACUGACUCAAGUUCUACGAUAGAGCCAGAUUCUAGCACAGAUGAAUCUACUUCUACCACUGAAGAACCUUCAACAACAGAAUUAAAUUCUACAACAGAACCUGCUUCUAGUUCUGAAGAAUCUACUUCUACCACUGAAGGAUCUUCUACAACUGUCUCAAGUUCUACCAUAGAGCCAGAUUCUGCUACCGAUGAAUCCACUUCUACUACAGAAGCAGGUACUUCUACCACUGAAGACUCUUCUACAACUGACCCUAGUUCUACCAUAGAACCAGAUACUGCCACAGACGAAUCUACUUCUACCACUGAAGAAUCAUUAACGACUGAUUCAAGUUCUACCGUAGAGCCUGAUUCAACUACAGACGAAUCCUCUUCUACAACUGAAGGUUCGUCUACUACUGAAGAAGAUAAUUCUACCACAGAGCCAACUACUACGAAAGAAACUGAUUCUGCCACAGAUGAAUCUACUUCUACCACUGAAGAUUCAUCUACUACCGAAGAAGAUAGUUCUACCACAGAGCCUGCUUCUACGAUAGAAACUGAUUCUGCCAAAGAUGAAUCAACUGCUAGCACUGAAGGUUCGUCUACUACCGAAGAAAAUAGUUCUACCACAGAGCCAACUUCUAUUAUAGAAACAGAUUCUGCCACAGAUGAAUCUUCUUCUACCACUGAAGGUUCAUCUACUACUGAAGAAAAUAAUUCUACCACAGAGCCAGCUUCUACGAUAGAAACAGAUUCUGCCACAGAUGAAUCUACUUCUAGCACUGAAGGUUCGUCUACUACCGAAGAAAAUAGUUCUACCACAGAACCAGUUUCUACUAUUGAAACUAAUUCUGCCACAGAUGAAUCUACUACUACCAAUGAAGAUUCAUCUACUACCGAAGAAGAUAGUUCUACCACAGAGCCAACUUCAACCAUAGACCCUGAUUCUACAACGGAAUCCACUGCCAGCGAAGAUUCUACCACGGAUGAAGGUUCUACUACGGAAGGACAAUCUACCACUGAUUCAUCUACUACGACCGAACAAUCUACUACAGAGGAGGAAGAGUGCAUACCAGGGCAGCAGCGCCACGAGGCGUCUGCCCGGGCACAGUGUUUACGUCGCGGCGCACGCAACCUGUUGUGCGGGCACUAUCGACCGGGGCGAGGCAGUCCCGACCGCACCGCGCCCGGCGACGCGCGUCUAGAUAUGCAGGUGCCAGGCACCCUGCUCUAA